AUGCCUGCAGCUUUCCCACCGCGUUUCGUCAGCGUCGACACUGGCAAACGCUCUCAGGGGUUUCAUAACUUGAUCGGGGUGGUUGUCGACUGCCUACCCAUAAGUCGAUCGGCAGGUAGUUCUUUUGUCACUACCUUUACUAUCAAAGAUACGGAUUUUGGUCCAGGGAAUGAAACAUGGAAAGGGCUGAAGAUCAAAUAUUUCAACGAUGGCGAGCACCGACUACCCGUCGUCAAGGUCAACGAUGUGAUUCUUCUGCGGCGACUCAGAGUGCGGCAAUUUCACGGGUCAUUGACUGGAGUUGUGGGAAAUACAGACAAUGUCUCAUGGGCAGUCUUCCGCCAACCCGAUGGACCCGGUUCAUUGAUGCCAGUAUGCAGUCCUGGAUCAAAGGCGCUCAGUGUGGAAGAACAAACGUACGCAAAUACUCUAGUAGAAAGUGUCAUCCACUACAUGUCGACUACUUCGGCCACUCCUUCAACAAGAAAAAAGGGCCAUGCUGAAUCCUCAUCAACCCCAAGCGAGAGCAGACGACAAGUCAUCGCUAAGCCUAAAGACAAGUUCUCUCUGAUUAAGGACUUGUCUGCGCGCACUUUUGCUGAUCUUGCGGUGCAUGUAGUCAAAAUGUUUUACCAGGAUGAUAGAGUUCAUCUUUACGUCACAGACUACACCGUGAAUAAAUCGCUCUUUGACUAUGGCGACAAAUCAGACGAGGAGAAUGAAGGCGGAACCGACGAUACAUUUGGAUUCUUGACACGACCGACCCGUGAAAAAAGAGCAUGGCAGGGCCCAAGGGGACGGAUGACGCUGCAGGUAACACUGUGGGAUCCUCAUUCGUAUUACGCGCGAGAAAACGUCACUGAAGAUGGCUACAUCCUCUUGCGGAACGUGCAUAUAAAGGCAGAUAAAAUGAACGGCCUUCUGGAAGGUGUCAUGCAUACCGAUAAAAAAUAUCCAGAGAAAGUCGACGUCAGACUCCUUGAAGAUGACCACCAAGAUGAUCCCCGCGUCGUCGAACUCAAGACAAGAAAGCGUGAAUACUGGAGACAAAAUAGAACGAACAAGAGGAAACUCGCCGAGGACUUUGGCGAUGGCGAUGACGGCAAGCCGAAGAAAAAUUCAAAGCAGAGACGAAAGGAGCUACAUCGUCAGAAAAAGCAGCAAGAGCAACGGAAACAGCAGCAGCAAAACAAGUCGUUGCAGAGAGAAGAGGGACAGAGCGAAAUUCCGUCCACGAUGAACAAGUCAAAUCGACCAAAUCCGUAUAUUCAAGCAAAAGACCCGGCAAGAGGCUGUCGGAAGAUAUCAGAAAUACUACCCAACGAAAGCCAUAAUAUAUCACUACCCGACAACAUACAAUAUCGCCUACCUUUCCAAUGCGUCAAAUACCGCAGUACCGUCCGCGUAGUUGAUUACUUCCCGCCCAACAUUGCCGAUUUCUCCGUGCCAUAUAUCCCCGAAUAUUCCUCUGUAUAUUCUAGCGAUAACGAAGAUGAUAUCACACCCGAGACGCCAGGAGUCAGAUGGGAAUGGCGGUUUUGCCUUCUCGUGGAAGAUGCCCAAAUAUUACCUGGCCAGCCUCGAGAACAAAUAAAACUAUUCGUCAGUGGGAGUGAUGCAGAAUUUUUGCUCAAACUCGAUGCUGUGAAUCUUCGCAAGAAUAAAGAAGCCUUCAUUCGACUUCAAGAAAAGCUAUGUAUCCUAUGGGGAGACUUGGAGGAGCGCAAGAGUCAAGGGAUGGAUACGCAGCAAAAGGGCCCUUCUCAACUGCCAUUUACAUGUUGUAUAAAGGAGUGGGGUGUCAGAUGUGCAUGUCGAACAGACGUUGGCAGCUAUCACAACGAUGGUAGCGAUAGAGAAUGCGCUGUUGUCGGUCCCGAGCACAAUCGUGAAUGCCUGGGUUGGGAAAGGAGAUUCGCUCUAUUCGGCACUACGAUUAAUGAAGAGUGA